UUCUGUCAGUCCUCGCUCUUAUUGGCUGUUCCCGUUCUGCUCGAGCAGGAGAUGGGGCGUGAACCCUUACUGCCAAUCAGCGGUUGCCGCUGUUCAAGUCUCACCCAGGGUACGCCGCUCACACCGUAAACCCGCCUGUUGAGCGUGGCGGAAGAACUCUAGGCUCGGAUUCAACCCUUUGUGGGCGGUGGAAAAAUCAUCGGAGAGAAGAAGAUUCUUCUGCGGAUAUCAGGCUCUGAGCCCGCGCUGCGCGGUGGUGACGACAUUCUUCUGCGCCCGAAGCCGAGCGUUGUCCGCACCGGGUGGCGGGCGCCUGCGCAGUGGCUCCGAGCGGGCGGUUGCUUGUUGGUUGUUGUAGUAACGGGGGAAGCAGCCGUCCGCUGCAGCAGUGAGCCGGGCUGGGGAAGGAAGAGAGAAGUUGUCGCAGAGCGCGAUCCCGGCCUGCCUGCCCCGGAGCAAUGGGAAGAUGAGACAGGUAUCUGUGCCACCCAAACUGUUUGAUCCUGUGAAUCUGCAAGGAAAGGUCUCUGAGGCCCCUGUCUGCUGACUGCAUGACAAACCCUAAAGGAAAUGCCAAUCGUGAUGGCCCGGGACCUGGAGGAAACAGCAUCGUCCUCAGAGGAUGAGGAGGUGGUAAACCAAGAGGAUCAUCCAUGUAUCAUGUGGACUGGAGGCUGCAGGAGAAUCCCAGUUCUGGUGUUCCACGCUGAGGCGAUUCUGACAAAGGACAGCAAUAUUCGAGUGAUUGGAGAACGUUACCAUUUGUCUUACAAGAUUGUGCGAACAGACAGUCGCCUCGUACGCAGCAUUCUGACAGCCCACGGAUUUCAUGAAGUUCACCCAAGCAGCACUGACUAUAACCUCAUGUGGACAGGAUCCCACCUGAAGCCCUUCUUGCUUCGCACCCUCUCUGAAGUGCAAAAGGUUAAUCACUUUCCCAGGUCAUAUGAACUAACCCGGAAGGACCGACUGUACAAAAACAUCGUUCGAAUGCAGCAUACGCAUGGAUUUAAGACUUUUCACAUUCUCCCUCAGACCUUCCUGCUGCCAGCUGAGUACGCGGACUUCUGCAAUUCAUACUCAAAGGAUCGGGGACCUUGGAUAGUAAAACCAGUGGCCUCCUCUAGGGGGCGGGGUGUCUACCUGAUCAACAAUCCGAACCAGAUUUCCCUGGAAGAGAACAUGCUGGUCUCCCGUUACAUUAACAACCCCCUGCUCAUAGACGAUUUCAAGUUCGACGUGCGCCUCUAUGUGCUCGUGACUUCCUACGACCCUCUUGUCAUCUAUCUCUAUGAGGAAGGACUGGCCCGGUUUGCAACUGUGCGAUAUGACCAAGGAGCCAAGAACAUUCGGAACCAGUUCAUGCACCUGACGAACUACAGUGUGAACAAGAAGAGCGGGGACUACGUCAGUUGUGAUGAUCCGGAAGUGGAGGAUUAUGGGAACAAGUGGAGCAUGAGUGCCAUGCUGAGGUACCUGAAACAAGAGGGCAGAGACACAACUGCGCUCAUGGCCAGUGUGGAAGACCUGAUCAUUAAGACGAUAAUCUCUGCCGAACUAGCCAUCGCCACAGCCUGUAAAACCUUCGUUCCUCACCGCAGCAGUUGUUUUGAACUCUAUGGCUUUGACGUGCUCAUAGAUUCUACUCUGAAGCCAUGGUUGUUGGAAGUGAAUCUCUCUCCUUCUUUGGCUUGUGAUGCGCCGCUGGACCUAAAGAUUAAAGCCAGUAUGAUUUCCGACAUGUUCACUGUCGUCGGAUUUGUGUGCCAAGAUCCUGCCCAGAGGGCAUCAAACCGGCCAAUUUAUCCCACCUUUGAGUCUUCCAGGCGAAACCCUUUUCAGAAACCUCAGCGUUCCCGUCCACACUCUGCCAGUGACGCGGAGAUGAAAAACCUCGUGGGUUCAGCCCGGGAGAAGGUGCCGGGAAAGUUAGGUGGUUCUGUGCUUGGUCUUUCAAUGGAGGAGAUCAGAGUUUUACGGAGGGUGAAGGAAGAGAAUGAUCGGAGAGGUGGAUUUAUUCGCAUAUUCCCUACAUCAGAGACAUGGGAAAUAUAUGGGUCCUACCUUGAACACAAGACCUCCAUGAACUAUAUGCUGGCCACACGUCUUUUCCAGGACAGGGGAAUCCCAAGAAGAGGCUUAUUGGCAGGAAGAACACGAACAACUACAGAUGGAACACCGGAACUGAAGGUAGAGAGUAUGAAUUCAAAAGCAAAGCUGCACGCUGCUCUUUAUGAGAGGAAGCUCUUGUCUUUGGAGGUGCGAAAGCGUAAGCGACGGAAUGGGAAGCGGAGGGCAGCAAGGCCGAAGUACCCAGUGAUUACCCAACCAGCUGAAAUGAAUGUUAAAACUGAGACAGACAGUGAAGAGGAGGAAGAAGCUGCAUUGGACAAUGAAGAUGAAGAACAGGAAGCUUCCCAGGAGGAGUUUGCAGGGUCCCUUGGAGAAAAUCAAGCCAAAUACACAUCCUCAUUGACCAUUAUGGUAGAAAAUUCACCCAAAAAAAAAGCCGGGAAAGUUCCUGAAUGGACUAAUAAAGGUGAACAAUGCUGCAAAAUUGAGACUCAGGAGCCAGAACCCAAAUUUAACCUGAUACAGAUUCUGCAAGAUAAUGGCAAUCUUAGCAAAGUGCAGGCCCGAACGGCGUUCUCCGCCUAUCUCCAGCACGUCCAGACCCGCCUCACGAAAGACAGUGGGUGUCAGACGUUCAGUGCCAGCUGGGCUGCCAAAGAAGAUGAACAGAUGGAGCUAGUGGUUCGUUUCCUCAAGCGAGCGUCAAGUAACCUCCAGAACUCACUGAGGAUGGUGCUGCCCAGUCGACAGCUGGCACUUCUGGAACGCAGAAGAAUCCUGGCCCACCAACUAGGUGACUUUAUCAUUGUGUACAACAAGGAAACAGAACAAAUGGCUGAAAAGAAAUCAAAGAAGAAACUUGAGGAAGAAGAGGAAGAUGGGGUGAACGUGGAAAAUUUUCAGAAGUUCAUCAAACAAGCAAGUGAGGCUGAGCUGGAGGAAGUGUUGACUUUUUAUACCCAAAAAAACAAGUCUGCAAGUGUCUUCCUGGGGACUCACUCAAAGACUGCUAAAAACAGCAACAAUUAUUCCGAUAGCGGGGCAAAGGGUGAUCACCCGGAGACGAUGGAAGAAGUGAAAAUAAAGCAGCCCAAACUGCAACAGGCACCAGAAAUUCACUCUGAUAAAUUAUCUCGAUUUACCACUUCAGCAGAAAAAGAGGUUAAAUUAGUCUAUGCCAAUUCUUCCGCUGCUGUUCUUUCCGGUCCUGCUGCCACUCUUCCCCAGAAGAUUCCCAACACCCAUUUGUCAUCUGUUAUUACAACCUCUGACCUCUCCCCAGGGCCUGGCCACCAUUCUUCUUUAUCUCAGAUUCCUCCCGCCAUCCCCAGCAUGCCUCACCAGCCAGCAAUUUUACUGAACAGAGUCCCUGACAGUACUGGGCCCUCCAUACACUCUGGGACGCAGAACGCACCCAGUCCUGCUGGUCUGCCACGCUGUCGGUCAGGCAGUUACACCAUUGGCCCCUUUUCCUCCUUCCAAAGUGCCGCGCACAUCUAUAGCCAGAAACUGGCUCGUCCCUCUUCAGCAAAGGCAGCAGGUUCAGGUCAUCCAAACAAGCAGCAUGCAGGAGUAGCCAAAAUGCAGAAGGAAGGAGAAGAUGUUUCGUACAGCAGGCGGUACAACCAGAGUAUGGUGACGGCCGAGCUCCAGCGGCUGGCGGAGAAGCAGGCGGCGAGGCAGUACGCGCCCUCCACUCAUAUCAGUCUCCUCACCCAGCAGGUAGCAAACCUGAAUUUGGCAAGUGGCAUCAUAAACAGAAGCAGCGCUUCAACUCCCCCAACCCUGCGGCCUGUCCUCAGUCCUGGUGGCCCGGUGUGGUCAAUGCCGGCAGACCCCCAAGCCCCUGAGAGCCACUCCACCCCUCCUGGAAGCAGGAGCCUCCAAAUCGGGGGAUUUGCCUGGGAGGGAGAGGUAGAGAACAACGCGUACAGCAGGGCCACUGGCGUGGCCCCCCAGCACAAGUACCACCCUACCGCAGGCAGUUACCAGCUCCACUUUGCUCUGCAGCAACUCGAACAACAAAAACUUCAGUCUCGGCAACUUCUGGACCAGAGUCGAGCCCGGCAUCAGGCAAUCUUUGGCAGCCAGACACUACCUAACUCCAGUUUAUGGACAAUGAAUAAUGGUGCAGCUUGCAGAAUUUCAAGUGCCACAGUUAGUGGCCAGAAGCCAACCACUCUGCUACAAAAAGUGGUGCCACCUCCAAGUUCCUCCUCCCUGGUCCCCAAACCCCCAUCCAAUCACAAACAAGUCCUAAGAAAGGCAACAUCCCAGAGGUCUUCCAAUGUGGCAUAGAAAACCCUGUAGUUUCCACCAAAAAACUACUUGACCUUAUAAGUGAAUUUGGCAAAAUAGCAGGAUACAAAGUCAAUAUUCAGAAAUCCAUGACAUUUUUGUACACCAACAAUAACCUAUAAGAAAAAAAUCUCAUUUACUAUAGCAACAUGAACCAUAAAAGGAAUAAAUUUAAUGGAGAUAAAAGACCUGUACUUGGAAAACUAUACAACACUGAAGAAAGAAAUUGAGGAAGAUACAAAUAAGUGGAAGCAUGUACCAUGUUCAUGGAUCGGAAGAAUUAACAUCAUUAAAAUGUCCAUACUAUCCAAAGCAAUCUAUAGAUUCAAUUCCUAUUAAAAUACCAAUGGCAUAUUUCACAGACCUAGAACAAAUAUUUUAGAACUUUAUAUGGAACCAAAAAAGACCCCAAAUAGCCUCAGCAAUCUUGAGAAAGAAGAACAAAGUUGGAGGGAUUACAAUGUCCAAUAUAAAACUAUACUACAAGGCCACUAUAUCAAAACAGUCUGGUACUGGCAUAAGAACCAACACAUUGAUCAAAGGAACAGAAUAAAGAGCCCAGAAAUAAACCCAUGUCUCUAUGGGUUUAUUUGACAAAGGGGGCACAAGCAUACAAUGAGGUAAAAACAGCCUCUUCAAUAAAUGGUGUUGGGAGAACUGGACUGGUACAUACAAAAAAAUGAAACUAGACUACCAGCUUUCACCACACACGAAAAUAAACUCAAAAUGGAUAAAAGACUUAAAUAUAAAUCAUGAUACCUUAAAAAUCCUAGCAGAAAACAGGCAGUAAAAUUUCAGAUAUCCUAUGUAGCAAUAUUUUUGCUAAUACAUCUCCUAGGGCAAGGGAAAUAAAGGAAAAAACAAAUGGGACUACAUCAAAUUAAAAAGCUUCUGCACAGCUAAAGAAACCAUCAUCAAAAUGAAAAGGGAACUGACCGUAUGGGAGAACAUACUUUCUGAUGAAACAUCAAAUAAGGGUUUGAUCUCCAAAAUAUAUAAAGAACUCAUAUGACUCAAUAACAGUAAGAUAAACAAUCCAAUUAAAAAAUGGGCAAAGGACCUGAAUAGACACUUUGCCAAGGAGGACAUAGAUGGCCCAUACACAUAUGAAAAAAUGCUCAACAUCACUAGCCGUCAGAGACAUGCAUAUUAAAACCACAGUGACAUAUCACCCCACACCUGCCAGAAUGGCUGUCAUUAAAAAAAUCAGCAAACAAGUAAUGGUGAGGAUAUGAGGAAAAGGAAGCCCAAGUGUACUGUUGGUAGGAAUGCAGACUGGUGUGGCCACUAUGGAAAAACAGUAUGGAAUUUCCUCAAAAAACUAAAAAUGGAACUGCCUUUUAAGCCAGCAAUCAAAACACCUAAGAAUCCCAAGCCACCAAUUCAAAAGGACUUACGCACUCCCAUGUUCACAGCAGUGAAAAGGCAAGUGCUAGAAACAACCUCAGUGCCGUCGGUAAAUGAGUGGAUCAGAAAAACUGGGGUACAUUUCCACAAUGAAACACUAUGCAGCAGAAAGAAAAAAGGAAUCCCUACAUUUUGCAACAGUGUGGUUGGAACUGAAGACUAUUAUGCUAAGUGAAAUAAGCCAGUCCAUGAAAAACAAAUACUAAACAAUCUCACUUAUAUGAAGAAUCAAAUGAACAAAAUAAACUAAUGAACAAAAUAAAACCAGAGACAUGGAAACAUGAACAGACUGACAG